AAAAAAACCUCAAGCUCAGCCAGGUUUCUCCCCUAGAAGACAGUCCCCAUCCUGCGCUCUUACAGAACUUUCACCUGCUGUUGCUUUCAUCUGGUGCCUUUCUAGAUGUAGAUGACAUCGGUGAUGGACUAAACAAAAAGUACUUGUUGCCUUUGAGCUACCUUGUUUUGUUUUGUUUUUUUUUUUUUAAGAUGGAUUAUAUGCAGAUGGCAGUUUUACCCUCCAGCGAUGUAGUCAAAAGAUGCGCUCAUCUACCUGGGCUGCAAGGGACACACAGUGUAUGGCCAUCUGGAUACUUGUUCUGGAAUGCAGUCAUUGAACAACUGAGAACAGGAAAGUUUCACUACUAAUUUGUGUUUUACAAGGAUCAUCUUACCUGUUCUAUGAAGAUGAACUGGAAUAGGCCAAAAGUGUAAACAGGGAAUAUUCUAGUAACUCAGAAGUUUCAUUUGCAAUAUCCAAAAACUGCAAAGGCCCAUCAUCCGGUCAGUGAUGGCGCUUAUUUUGGAACACCAUACAAUGGCAUUCGAAGGGGCUGAAAGGAAUCAACUGUUGAUACUUACAAAUUGGGAUGCCUCUCAAAACAAGCAUGCUGCGUGACAGACGUCAGGUCCUGGCUGGAGACAAGAAGUGAGUGAAGAAGAAAGUGGCCAGUGGACCUAGAGGCUGUCAUAUAUGGAGACACUUUCAACUGACAGCUGAGUCUUAACUGGAAAUUUAGGGCAUAUUCAGGAGCGUCAAAGGCAGAGUACCCCAGUUGGUGUUUGUUUCCCAACACAGAAGAAAAUGAUCCAUACCCAAAAGGCCCAGCUGACCUUCGCCGACGUGGCCGUGUGCUUCAGCCCGGAGGAGUGGCGGCUCCUGGCCCCCGCGCAGAAGUCCCUGUACCGGGAGGUGAUGCUGGAGACCUACAGCCACCUGGUGUCCAUGGAAACUGGCAACAUUGAUCAUCAUCUGCAGGGUCACUUGGAAAAUCAAAGAAUGCUGAGAGAUAUGGAACAAUACCAUGGACACAGUGCAUUUGGAAAUACUAGUCCUCGAAGUAAAAGUCAUUUUCCUGUCAGGAAAAAUGGUACGUUUGAAUUACACAUAAAAACUUUGAAAUCAAACUCAAGUUUAGUCAACCAGAACAAAAGCUAUGAAAGUAAAAACUCUACUAAAUGUAAUGCAGAUGGGAAAUCAUUUCUGUAUGGUCAGCAUGAAGGAUUUCAUCCUGCAGUUAAAUUCUCUGCAAGUGCAAACCUCACUAGCAAUAAGCCCCAAGUCAUUAAACAUCAGAAAGCUCAUGAAAUAAAGAAAACCCAUGUAUGCAGUGAAUGUGGAAAAGGCUUCAUUAAGAAGUCUCAGCUCACUGAUCAUCAGAGAGUUCAUACAGGAGAGAAACCUUAUGGAUGCAGCCUAUGUGCAAAAGUGUUUUCCAGAAAGUCCAGGCUCAAUGAACAUCAGAGAAUUCAUAAAAGAGAGAAAUCCCUUAUAUGUUCUGAUUGUGGAAAAGUCUUCACUAUGAAGAGUCGUCUGAUCGAACACCAGCGAACUCAUACUGGAGAGAAACCCUAUGUAUGUAGUGAGUGUGGAAAAGGUUUCCCUGGGAAGCAUAAUCUCAUUGUACAUCAGCGAAAUCAUACUGGAGAGAAGUGCUAUGUGUGCAGUGAUUGUGGGAAAGGCUUCACUGGGAAGAGCAUGCUCGUCAUACAUCAGCGAACUCAUACAGGAGAGAAACCCUUCACCUGCAGUGAAUGUGGGAAAAGCUUCACCACAAAGCACUAUGUCCUCAUACACCAACGAAAUCAUACAGGAGAGAAACCGUAUAUAUGCAAUGAAUGUGGGAAAGGUUUCAUCAUGAAGAGUCGUCUGGUCGAACACCAGCGAACGCAUACUGGAGAGAAACCCUAUGUAUGCAGUGAGUGUGGAAAAGGUUUCCCCAGGAAAAGUAAUCUCAUUGUACAUCAGAGAAAUCAUACGGUAGAGAAAUCCCACGUAUGUAGUGAAUGUGGAAAAGGCUUCACUGUGAAGAGCAGGCUUAUUGUACAUCAGCGCACUCAUACUGGAGAGAAACCCUACACCUGCAGUGAAUGUGGGAAAGGCUUCCCCUUGAAGAGUCGGCUGGUGGUACAUCAGCGAACACAUACUGGAGAGAAGCCUUACAGAUGCAAUGAAUGUGGGAAAGGUUUCAUUGUAAAUAGUGGACUGAUGUUACAUCAGCGAACUCAUACCGGAGAGAAACCCUAUGUAUGCAAUAAAUGUGGAAAAGGUUUUGCCUUUAAGAGCAACCUUGUGGUACAUCAGCGAACUCAUACCGGAGAGAAACCCUUUCUGUGCAGUGACUGUGGGAAAGGCUUCACCAUGAAACGCUAUCUUAUCGUACAUCAGCAGAUUCAUACAGGAGAGAAAUCCUAUAUAUGCAGUGAAUGCGGGAAAGCCUUUGCCAUGGAAACUGAGCUUGUUUUACAUCAGCAAAUUCACACUGGAGAAAAACCUUACGCAUGUGAUGACUGCGGUAAAGGCUUCUCUGUGAAAAGCCGUCUAACUGUUCAUCAGCGAACUCAUACGGGAGAGAAACCUUUUCUGUGCAGUGAAUGUGGAAAGGGCUUCUCCUCAAAGAGAAAUCUUAUUGUACAUCAGCGAACUCAUAAUGGAAACAAACCAUAGUAAUGCAAUGAACAAAGUCACACCUUCAGGAAGAAAAUAUACCUUGUACAAGGACAGAGCUUUCACCUGGGAUAGAUUUACUCAUAUCUACUGAGGAUGGAAAAUCAAUCUCCUGUAUUAUCAGUCUCAUUACCCACCAGGGAAUUUGUCUAGCAGACAAACGAUGUAUGCAAUCAAUGUGAGAAUACUCCUCAACAUGAAUUCAGCACCGACUAUACAUCAAAAGGCUUAUAAAAGUGAACACCCUGUGGGUUCAUUGAGGGUAACCUGUCAUCUGUCUAUCCUUAUUAAAAAUGAGAAGGAGAAAAAUGUGGAAAUCAAAGUACAUAAUCCUUGGCAGGCAACUCAAUACAUACAAGUGAACUCACACAGGGGAUGCACCGUGAUGGUUUGGAGAAUACACCUAGCACACUUGAACAUAGCCCGUGUAGAUUAGCCUGCAGCUGGGUUUUCAUAAUUUCCUAUGCAUUUGCAUAGGCAUGAAAUUUAAUGAAUGCAGAGGAUUUGUUAGUGCCUUCAGUGAUCAGUGAAUUACCUUCACAUCCUGUGUCAAAGUGAACAGGAGAAACAUGGAUACAUGCAAUAUAGAAAGUCUUGAAACAUUUCUCAUUAUGUCUGAAAUGCACAUACUGAGAUAAAUCUUAGGAAUGAAAGACUAGAAUGCCAGAGGGUUAAGAACCUCUCUCAUCAGGGAUCCCAAUAAUCAUACAGACAGUGAGCUCAGACACAGUAGCAAUAGAAUGACUGUGGGAAAACCUUUGCUUAGAAAUGAAACUUCUACCGUUGUUCUCUGUUUUCAGGUGGUGAGGAAUAUGGCAGGACUUUAUACAUUCUGCCUUGUCAUUUGUCAUAAGUCCGCACAGAAACAAAACUUAAGCGCACUUAAGUGGGAUAACCAGCAAAAUAUUAGAGUCUAUGACAGAUUGCCAUGGAAAUGUUGUACACUUGAGAGUUUGCCAUCACAAAUCUAAACUGCACCUGAUAGCCAUUUUGGAAUAGGAUAUUUUGAGCCAUAUGCUCAGUGAUUUGAUCAUUUAAAAGUGGGCUAUUACCUCCCUCUUUCCGUCUCUCCUGUAAUAUUUUAAAAGGACAGCUUUAUUAGGAAAAGGAGAAAGAAAAAAGAGACACCUUCAUAGUCGCAGGUGGGCAGGAGAGUUACGUAAAUGUGGACUGUUCUCAUCACAGAUGAAAUUUCAAUGUUACAUACAACGUAGGGGUGUUCCCUGCCCACCCCGAUUCAUAAUGGGAUCCACUCUUGCACUUCUUAAGCUCUUAAUUUAUCUCCUUAAGUCAGGUAUACUUCAAAAGAAAAAGGAAUAUAUGCAUCAAGCAAUCAACAUACUUAGCUGUAUUUAUCCAAGUUUAUAAGUAGCAUUAAGUAGUUCCCCAAAACACCUUAAAUAUGAUUUUUCUACAAUUUGUUUUUAAAUAAUCUUCAGCUCCAAUUAUGAAAUACACAGCGUACCUGAGUAUCUUUACUCUGUUUCUUCAGUAAUAUUAUCUUACCUAACCAGAAUGUACCAUCGAAACCAAUAAAAUGGCCUCGAUACUAUUAAAGAAACUAUAGACCUCUUUGCAUUACACUCAUUUUUGCAUGUGUUAAUUUGUGUUUUGUUGGUAGAGUUCUGAGAGAUUUUUAUCACAGAUAGAUUUCUGUCAGUUCCACCCCAACCAGGGUGCAGAAUUAUUGCAACAACACAAAGAAAUAGCCUGUGUGUGUGCCCCUUUAUAGUUACCCCCCUACCCUGGUGACCACCUGUCAGUUCACUUACAGUCUGACUUUUGUCAUCUCAAGAAUGUCAUUGAGGUGAAAUCACAUCUGUAAUCUUUGAGCUAGGCCUUUAUCCCACACAGCCAGUUGUCCUCAAGAUCCGUCCAAUCUCUUGGAUGUGUAAAUAAUUCCCCUUCCUUACUGCAUAAUAUUCCCUUUCUCUUCAUUCUUCAGGGGCUUUUGAGUUGCUGUCAAUGUUUCACCGUUAUGAAUAAAAAUGCUGUGGAACCUUUGUGGACACAACCGUGUGUCAACAGUUUUGGUUUCUUGGGGCUAUGCAGGUGUCAUGUGUUAGGUUGGGGGUUUAACUUAAUUAGACUGCACCAACCUUGCCAAGAUGGCUGCACCCAUUGAUGUUCCUGUCAGUGGUGGGUCACGCUCCAGUUGUGUCAAGUCCUCUCAAUGUUUGAAAUUGCCCUAUUUGGUUUUAGCCCUCCUGUCACAGGUAGCCUUGAUUUUACAAUUGCAAAAUUGGCUAUCUUUAAAAAAAAAAAUGGUGCACAAUAGGAAGGCAACAAAAAAAAAGUGUUGAAGGUAUGAGAGAGGUAUCUUAGAAAAAUGUUAUGUGCUGUAAUGACUUGCUUUAAGAAUAUCAGUAGUGUACUUCUGUAAAACCAAACUAAUUUUUUU